AUGCAUUUAGAACAUAUUUUCUACAGCCGCCUCCGCGCCGGCAUGCGCGCCCCUGACGUCGCCUACUUGACCUCGAAGGAUCAGGUUUUUCUCCUCCGCGUCGCCGGCGCCGAGCUGGUGGGCGACCUCGACGCGGCCGCGGCCGCUGUCUCCCGCCUCGCCCCCAGGUGCCGCGACCUGCUACUCCACGCCUUCGACGGCCUCGGCCUCGGCUCCACCGCCAAGCGCGCGGAGAGGCGGGUGAGGAAGAUGGAGUGGCACGUGGCGGCGACGUCAAGGCUGUACGCGGAGAUGGAGGUGCUUAAUGAGCUUGAGGCGACGGAGAAGCGCGCCCAGCAGCAAGAGCAGCAGGAGUGGCGCCGGCACAGCGAUCCGAUACAGGUCCAGAAACCGCCGUCGACGCCCGACCCGGUUCGCUUCCAGCUCCGGUCGCAGGAAGACAGGGUUCGCCGGCUAAAGGAGGAAUCUUUGUGGAGCAAGACCUUCGACAAGGCUGUGGAGCUCAUGGUCCGAACCGUCGUCGCUGUCUUCUCCAGAAUCUGUGCUGUCUUCGGCGUCUACGUCCUCGGUCUGCCGGACGGUGAUCUGACCAAUUUCCUCGGGAAGCACUCGUCAGGGCUGCUGGAGCGACGGGUGGUGCCGCAACACGUGCCUUUCCUUCGUAACUCUGCAACGAUCAUGAGAACGCCGAUGGAGAUCGGCGCGCAAGAAACGCCCUUCGAUCGUUUGAGGAAAUUCCUCAAAGAGUCCCCGACCACCGUCGGCGGGUCGGGCCUGACGUUGCGGUACGCCAACGUUAUCCUGGCUGCCGAGAAGUUGUUUCAAGAACGAAACAGAGUGGAGGCAGCGGCUGUGGAGGAGGAGCCGGUGGCGGCGGCGAGAGAGGAAUUGUACGAGAUGCUGCCGUCAGGGAUGCGCGCGGCUGUGAGGGCGAAGCUGAGGGAGUGCUGGAGGAGGGAGGGGGUUCGGCUAUCAGAGUUGGACGAAUCUCUGGCGGAGGGCUGGAGGGAGCCGGUGGCUGCGAUCCUGGCGUGGCUGGUGCCGAUGGCGCGCGACACGGUGCGGUGGCAGGAGGAGCGCAACAUGGACCGGGAGCAGAGGUUCUGCACGCGGCCACGGGCACUGCUACUGCAGACGCUACACUACGCUGACGUCAACAAGGCGGAGGCAGCCGUCGUGGAGGUGCUCGUCGGGUUGAGUUGUAUGUCGUGGUACGACGAUCGGCGGCAGUGUAAAUCGGAGCUUGAAUUAUGA